AUGCUCGGGCAUUAUUCGCAUGCAAGCAAUAUGCACAAUGCAAUGCGAGCUGCAAGUAUUUCUCCAAAUCGUGCAAGAUAUGCCAAGCGAGUAAAGGCAGGUUCCAUAGCUAGGAGGGGUUACCAAGAUAGAAAGCCAAGCAGAAAAUAUGGAAAUAAAACAAGUCCAGCCAAAUCCAAGAACCAGAACCAGAACCCCCCGUUUCGCCACUUCCCAUCCGAAGUAAGAGAUAUGCAAUAA